AUGGGUUUCGCAGAGCAGGCAAUGUCGCUCCUGACAGUCACAAACAUCCUUAUAUCGCUCGUGGCAUAUAUUGUUCUCAAAUUUGUCUAUCAGAUCAUUCAUUAUCGCUUCUUCCACCCAUUAUCUGCUUUCCCCGGUCCCUUUUGGGCAUCUGUCACUCGGCUUUGGCUCGCCAAGCAGAAUCUGCAGGAAACGGAAUACUUGACCGUGUACGACCUGUCGAAGAAGUAUGGCCCUGUUGUGCGAGUCACCCCGACAUUGCUCCUCGUCAGCGAUCACACGAAACUUCCGGAAAUCUAUCACCGCAAUGCAGACAAGACGGGCCACUACAUCACGGGUAGUUUCGGAGAGACCGAGAGUUUGUUUAACAUGAGGUCGCACAAGACACACGCCCUCUUCCGAAAGCACAUCGCAGGACCUUACAGCUUCACCAACAUCAAGAAGAUGGAGCCGAUGAUCGAUGCGCGUAUUGUUGAAUGGAACCAAAAGCUCGAUGAGACUUUUGCCAAGACCGGCGAGGCGUUCGACUUCGCCUGGUGGGCAGUAUACAUGGCGUAUGAUAUCAUCAGCGAGAUCGGGUUCGGCGCUCCAUUUGGAUUCAUCGAGAAGGGCGAGGACAUCGGUGGACUUAUUCAAGGCUUCCACGAUGGUCUUGCACCCUUUGGGUUCCUUGCGCGCAUGCAUCCGUUUACUUCAUGGAUGAAGAGUACUUUCAUGAAGAAAUACCUUGUCGCUACCCCUCAGGAUAACUCCGGAAUCGGCGUUCUGAUGCGCUUCCGUGACCGACUCAUCAAGGAGCGCCUGGAUGACGUCCAGUCCGGUAAACAAGUUGAACGCAUCGACCUCCUCCAGACAUUCCUGGACGCACGCACCGAAGAAGGCAAACCUCUGGACUUGGAGUACAUUCGCGCCGAGGUCCUUCUCGUCCUGCUUGCCGGCGCCGACACCACCGGUACCGCCUUCCAAGCCCUGAUCACCUACCUCUUGACUCACCCCAGUUCGUACAAGCGCAUGAUGGAUGAGAUCGACGAGGCCAGCCGCAAGGGUUACCUUUCCGAGGUGCCUCAAUACAAUGAGGUCCUUGAGCAUCUGCCAUUCUUCGUGGGUUGUGUCAAAGAGACUAUGCGCCUGUGCCCCUCCGCUCCCAACGUCUUCCCUCGUUAUGUCUCUGAACCCGGCCUGGACCUGUAUGGCAAGUGGGCUCCCGCUGGCACGGAAAUCUCUUGCAAUCCGUACCUGGUGCAUCGCGAUCCGGCGCUUUACGGUGCGGAUGCGGAAGAAUUCAAGCCCGAGCGUUGGAUGGACCCCGAGAGGGCGAAGCUGUAUAACAAGUAUAACUUUGCGUUCGGCUAUGGAUCUCGUGUUUGCCUUGGCCGUGACAUUGCAAUGAUGGAGCUGUUCAAGGGUCCUCUCCAGUUCUUCCGCUCAUACACGCCUGAAUUCGUCAAGGGCAAGCCUGAGCCUAAAUUCGUUGUCAAGGGUGGUGUUGGAUACUGGCGGGACGUUUGGUUGACUAUUUCCAAACGCCCGCAGGUGGCCCCGGAAUAA